AUUUCAAUUUCACCAUCUACCUUGCUGAUCUACUAUUCUCUACUCUGUUCCAUAAUGUCGAUUCUACCAAUACCAUGACACCACUCACCAUACGGUUGAUUAAAAUGUCAAAAUAUUUACCCUUAUGCACACUUAGGUGACAAUCCUAAGAGCGAAAGCCCAUGACCUAACGAGCCACAACCUUUGCUCACCCAAUCUCACACAUCACGGAAUGCAUAUCCCAUCCGUGAUAGCUUCGGCAAAGCCGGCUGCUAGGAAAAACCCUCUAUGGGCUUCUAAAACAGAUUGGGACCAGACACUCUCACGAUUGACCGGUUCUAGGCGGCAGCGCCAUCCCAAGCUUCGACAAUCACCCAGUCUUGUGGUAUCUAUGCGUCUCCGAUCUAGAACUGAUAGGCAGAAGAAAGUAUAUGGGAAACCAUUUGAACUCGCCGCCAAGUUACGUGCUGAUCGCCUCCCACUGGUGAUGCUUCAGACAUGGAUGGCUAGACAAGACAUUCAAAACGAACCUCGUGUCAACUUGUUUAUUAAUUCCAUCAGUCCUUCUGAUUGGGCUGAUCGUUUUCGUAUAUUGAAAUCUAGAGGAUGGACCAAGGAACACAUAGAUCAUUGGAUAUGGAUAUUGUCUGGGGAAGAUGGAGACGUCCGAGUUGCACGAUUGGUUUCGACCAAAAAAUCAAUUCCUACACCAAUAUUCCUUGUCUCGAUUCUGUCACGCAGCGACGCAAGAAUUUAUAAGGCCGAGACCUUGUUAUCUCUUAUGACAUUUGCAUCUACACGCCAUUUUCGUUCCGACCUUAAAUUUUCAGGCGAGACUCUAGCUCUCCGCAAUCCUAAAAUGGUCAUGACAACGUCCCAAUUUCUAUUAUUCCUCCGCCGUCUUGGUAAACAUGUUCGGCGAAUAUGGCCUAGGUCAAUUGUUACAUUAGCACGGUUCACGGCGAAAUACAUUGAAGGGAUGCCAUCGAGUGCGAAUGCCAGGAGUUACCACGAGAAGUGCAGCAUAUUCAAUACAGCUCUGCAAUUAUUUAAACGCCCAGCGGUAAUCCAACCGAUUGUAAAUAUGGAAUACAAUUGGAGAGCGCAGAAAUUCUUGCUGGCGAUGUCGGACAACCUGGAAAAGCCUUUUAUUAUUAACAAAGCUAGUUAUCGAGCGGUCCGAGAGGUUAUGAUCGGGUUGAAAAAGUCAAAAACAGAGAGAGCGGUAGCUUUAAGAUACACAAAAUCCUGGCCUCCAUACCGACAAGAUUUUGAUGGUCUUGACGCAAAAAGAACAGCCGAGGACGAUUACUCGCGCAGCGUAAGGGCCGGAGUUCUUAUGAAAGAGGCUGGGUAUCCUGAUGACGACUACGAUAAAGCCUUGGAUGCUCUGGGUGGAAUGGGUGCAGAUUCGCCUACUAUACAAACCCGUGGCGUUCUACCUAGAAUAUUGAAGGGCGAAGAGGAAGUCGAAAAUUUCUCUGUUCGUUGGGCUGCGUCGAUACGAGCGACUCGCAAUACACAAGAAGCGUGGAAAGUCUUUAAUGAGUUUAGGACCCAAACGGGUGAAUCUCCAACUGCUCAGGUUUAUGGGGAGAUGUUCAUCAAACUGCAUGCUCCUCUCGUUCAGCAAGAAUCGACUGUGCUGCCUGGCGAUGCUCGAGAAGUCUUCCCCGUCCAUAACGCCAAUUAUACCGAAUAUGAGUUGGCUAGGUUGUCGCCUCCUUCAGUUAGUGAGCUCUACGACCGAAUGAUCAACGAGGGCGUAAAGCCAGAGGGCCAGUGCCUUCUUACACUAAUUACCAAUGCUAACUCUCUCGAAGAGGCAUCCCGCUAUCUUCAUGAUAACGGGCUUGAUCCCAUUGGCAUUGGCGCUCUGGCCCUCUUUAAGGAGGCUCCUAGCGACGUGCUUCGGCGGAUUCCCCUUUUAAUUUUCUGCAGUUAUAUCCAACUCCUCUGCAAGUUGCAACCUCACCGCCAUGGCAAAGAGAAGGUACCCCUAGAAGACCUUUAUCUUGUCCGUCACGCUAUCAAUCUGUGUAACCUGCGACUAGUACCAAACACCACUGAGGGAUCCACUUUCGGGACACCUUGGUCUAUCAUCCUUAGGGCCCUAGCUCGGCCGCGUCUCUGUGUCAUGAAUGGCACUCAGGUUGAUAACGAUAUCCAAGCUCUAUCUAUAUCUAUGAAUGUCAUUCAACAUGUGCAGGUUAGAACAGGGGUAAACGCCGAAAUGUUCCUAUAUCUUUGUCGCGCUGCUCAAAAGGCCGCGACCUCUCGACUUGGGUCUCAUAAGACAUUGCUAGGGGGCACCGGAAAAGGAGAAGAUUCCUCGAUUUUUCUACCCGAAACAAUCUCACAAUCACUAAAGACUCUAUUCUCCCGGCUUACAAAGCCCAUCGACACGGGAAACUCAAUAUUUAGAGAUUUCGAAGUACCCAUAUUUGCACAUAAUAUAGAGCCCGCUCACUUGCAUACAUACAUGCGCACUUUAGCCUUCCUCGGAGAUACGAAAGCAAUGAAUGAAUUGUUAGGCUGGAUGCUUAGGAAUAAAGUUUAUGUCGACGAAGAGGCGGAACGAAUAGGAAUCCGUGGCCAGGCAUUGGUAGUGAAGACUCUGUGUGCCUUUCAGGCAUUUGCUGGCCCACUUCUUACCAACGACGAAGAGGCAGACAUUAUAUCGCAUAUAGAAGACACUGAAAGCAUCGCGGGUAGUUGGAGAUGGCCAACUCCAGAAGACGUCAACAAUUAUGUGCAAUCUGACCGGCGCGGACACUCCCAACAACUUCAGCAGAAGAUUAUGAGCAGAAGGUUCCUUGCGUCUCAGCAACAAGGUGAAAACACCAUGGGUACGGCAUCGGCUGGGAUGGAUGUAUAAGGUCGACACAAUGAUACCCUUAGAUUAGAACAAGAAAAACAUUUCGAAGAAUUAAAGAAACGGACCAUCUGUAUGCGCGCGGUUGUUGAUGGUCAUAUAUCUCGGUUCCUGAUCUGAAUCUCGCUUAUGUAAGAUGGGGCGCUCCGCUGCGGGAGGUUCCCUGCUACCAUGGUCCCGGCGCCGUUCGCUGUCAGAACGAAACUGGCGCCCUUAGAUUGGACAAUUAAGCAUCAAUUUAGUGG